AGCCAAUCAACAUCAUCUGGAGGCGGGACAUCGUGGCAGGAAGUUGUUUUACAACAGUUCGCUCCUGAGGGAAUCAACAUUGUGAAUUUAAUGCCAGUUUAUUAAGAAAAUUGUUUUACUUUUAAUAAAACGUGUGUUUAUGAACACAUUAUACAUUUAGUAAUUGCACGCUGAGUGUCCAACAACAGCAACACACGUGUCUAGAAAGAUGUGUAGCUAACAUUAGCCAAAGUGAGCUAAUAGCAAUUUGCUAACUUGGCUAAAAAGUAAACACGCCGUGUGGAUGAGCGACAACGUGGUGUGAGGGUCCUUACGUCUGCUCCCAAACAGAAGGGAUGAAGAAGUGGAACUGGCGAGAACGACCAUACAAGCGACAAGGCGCUGGUCAACGCCCCGGACGGCACAGAGGCAACAGGGGGAGAGCAACACAGGAUGAACAGUGGUAUAGACACAGUGAUGUAGGGCCAGCACAUAGAGCAUCUCAGAGAAGAUACGAAAAUCAGCCUUCUUCUUCUUCUUCUUCACCCACACCCUCCUCAUCCUCCUCUAAAGCCAGCAGUGCUGCACCAGAGCUGCCGGGUUUCUACUUUGACCCAGAGAAAAACCGCUACUUCCGCCUGUUGCCCGGACACAACAACUGUAACCCGCUGACCACAGAGCAGCUCCGGGAGAAAGAGAGGGAGAAACAGAGAAACAAGAUGCUGGCAGAGGAUGAAACGCCAAGAAAGAAAGCACCGAGGACAGGACUGAACUCCUCACUGCUGCUGCAGAGAAGACAACUUGGUCGCUUAGCCGAGAGCUCCUAUUGCAGGCUCAUCCAUGAGGUGAAGGUCAGUGGGAUGAGGCGCCACAAACUAGAGAUCCAGAGCACGGACAACAGCAGCCCGAACACAGACAACUUCAGACUCAUAGUGGGGGACUCCGCAUGUGAGCGAGUGUUCACGGUCAACGAUGUCUCUCACGGCGGCUGCAAGUACGGCAUCAUGAACUUCAGCAGCAGCAGCCAGGGCUCUCUGUCUGUGGAAAUGUGUGAUAAUCUCUACUUCACAAACCGGAAGGUGAACUCCAUCUGCUGGGCUUCAGUCAACCACCCCGACUCUCACGUUCUGCUGUGUCUGGUGGGGGCGGCGGACACCCCUGGCUGCGUCAGCUUACUUCCUGCUUCCCUCUUCAGCAACUCCAACCCAGAUCAACCCGGGAUGCUGUGUAGCUUUAAGAUAUCCACAGCCUGGUCCUGUGCUUGGUGUCUCAAUCCUCAGUUUGACAAGACGUUCAGCACCGGCCUGUCUCGUCGGGUGAUCAUGAAGGAUGCAGAGACCGGCCGAACACAGACGUACGGCGUCGGCAGCGAUGUCUUGGCUCAGCAGUUUGCCCUCAGGGUUCCUGUCCUGUUUAACGGCUGCAGAUCGGGGGAGAUCUUCAGCAUUGACCUGCGGCAGCGCGGCCGCAGAGAUCAGAGCUGGAAGGCCAAUCGUUUCCAUCAGGAGUCAGCCAUCACCUCCGUACGAGUCCUGCAGGAUGAGAACUACCUGCUGGCUGCUGACAUGCUGGGACAGAUCAAACUAUGGGAUGUGCGACUGAGAAAGCCAGUGCAGGAGUACAAAGGGCACUACAACGAGCACGCCUACCUUCCCAUCCAUGUCAAUGAGCGCGAAGGGCUCCUGCUGGCAGUGGGUCAGGACUGCUACACGAGGCUGUGGAGCCUGCAGGACGGUCAUUUGCUCAGGACCAUCCCGUCGCCCCACCCGGCCGCCAACGACUUGAUCCCGAGCGUCGUCUUCUCCUCUAACAUCGGCGGCUGCAGGGGGCUCCCCGGGCUGCUCAUGGCCGUCAAACACGACCUCUACUACUUCCCGUACAACACAGACUAUCAGGAAGGAGGAGGCCUGACAGCCGGCUUUCACGAAAAUAGCGAAAACGCCUCAUCAUCGCCCACGUGACGCUUUUUUUAUUUUUAUUUUUUUUUAAAUAAGGGUUGGGUAGAGUUGUCGAGUGCAGUCCAUUUACAAGCAGUGGUACUAUUCUUACAUUUGGAAAGAUGACCUCAGAAAGCUUUUCAAAUCUCAGGGGGAUGUUAUUUUUGACAGUUUUGUUUUUGUGCCAAAACAAAAUAGAAGUGCAGCAUUCACGAGUGCCCGGAACCACUGUAACGUUUUUAAUAGAAGUGCACUUACUUAAGAAAUGGUUUACCUUGAUUUUUUUUUUUUUUUUUUAUUAAGCUUUCAGAUUUUUGAUUGAGUCUGCAGAAGAAUACACUUUGUAUUGUAAAUCAGCAAGACAUUUUCUAAUUGUUCAAUGACACAUUUGUAAGAUGGAUUAAAGACGGUGAUCUGCUCCA